AUGGCAUCGAAUCCAGAUCCAGACGCCCAACGCAAUCCCCCCAGCCUGGGGUUCAAGGUGCAAAGGACAGUCCUCCGGCUUCUCUGCUCUGGGGAAGAGUAUCGAAAGCUCCAUGAAUCCGUCAUUCAGAACCUCCCUCGAUCCAUACAAGAUAGAACAUAUUCGCCUGCUACGUUUAAUAAUAUCAUCAAGUCAAGAGACAAGUAUACCACGGCAGCGCUACGCUCCUCCCUCCGACUGUUUUGGAUCACGCGCUUGGGUAUGAAAUUGCUGGAUUUCAUUAAAAGCCGAAUCAUAGCAAGGGCUGGCGCAUCAAGUGCUUCCUCAAACGUGCCGUUUCGCAAUUCUCCGGCUUUCCGGCUUCCACUAUCCUUAUCCUUGAUGCUACUUUUCCACCGAUUACUACAUCGCUUUUUCUCCCGAUUACGCGCAAAUUUGAGAACAGACAAUGCCCAGCCUUUCCGAGAGAGGAAUCCGCGCAUAUCCAAAGCGCUAACAUCGAAAUAUGCACCAGCUAUAGGCGCCAGCUUGGCAGGCUUCUUCCUCGCUUUAUACCCACAGGCCCAGCUACGUCUUACAGUUGCCAUAUAUGCUUCCACCCGGAGCUUGGAGGUUCUGUAUAAUGCUUUGUUGGAGAAUGGAUGGCUCUCACUUCGUCCUUGGUGGUUUGGAAGCUGGCUUCUAAUGCCACUCUCCAUGGCCCAACUCUUCCAUGCUUUUGUAUUUGAUAGAGAAGCUACACCAUCUUGGUUUGGAAACGUUAUUCUGAGGUUCACCCCAGGGUAUAUAAAGCGGCGGCCUUCAGGCCUCCCAGGAACGGUGGCCUGGCCGGAACCAUUUGAAACUGUUGAUGCAUUGGCAAAAGUUGCGGAACUCAAGUGGCCGCCCUUUACUUCUCCCAUUCUCCAUCCAAGUGUAACAGACACGCUUCCUGCCGCUGUUCAGACUAUAUCGCCCAUAACUUCUCCUGCUCACCCAGCAAUAGCGUCUCUAUCCUGUGCCUUACUGCAUCCAAAAUCACCUUCCUGCUUGACCGCAUUCAUACAUCAAGUGCUCCUCUCCAUCCCGCCCCUCGUGCGUUCUGUUGCCAAGGUCUACUUGGCUCUAUCAGUACUGAAAUUCAAGUCUUUUGUUACAUCACCAGUCACCUCAAUUAACGAGGUGUCCAAGAAGAUACUUUCCGCCACGGCAAUCAUAAGCUCGUCUAUUGGUGCGGCGUGGGGAAGUAUCUGUCUUUUCAAUGCCGUCUUGCCACGAAAAUUGUUGCCAACCCAGCGGUUCUACCUCAGUGGUGCUAUCAGCGGCCUUCCGUUCGCAGUUCUCUGUGGCUCCGGCUACCGAGCUCAUUUCCUUUAUUUGUUCCGACAAGCUGUGGAAUCCGCCUGGAAAACGGGAGUCAAGCGCGGCCUCUGGCGCGGUUAUAAAGGGGGUGACUUGUGGGUUCUUGUAGCUUCUUGGGCACUUUUGGGAGUGUUGCUGGAAAGAAACCCUGCAAAUAUCACAGACCAAGGAUUCAGGAAAGCAUUGACUUGGAUGAGAGGAGAUGGCUAUAAUGACCUAGCUGAGCGCCGAGCAAAGAAGAGCAGAAGAGAUUCGGCAGAACAAGCCAGGUCGUCCUAG